GAUCCGUCCCCAACUGUCCAAAGAGAAAAUAGAGGGAUGUCACAUCUGCACCUCAGUGACGCCUGGCGAGCCCCAAGUGCUGCUGGGGAAGGACAAGGCCUUCACCUAUGACUUUGUCUUUGACCUGGACACGUGGCAGGAGCAGAUCUACACAACGUGUGUUGGGAAGCUCAUUGAAGGCUGCUUUGAAGGUUACAAUGCCACUGUGCUGGCGUAUGGACAGACUGGUGCAGGGAAGACGUACACCAUGGGCACUGGCUUCGACAUCAACAUCUCUGAGGAGGAGCAGGGCAUCAUCCCACGGGCCAUCGGCCACCUCUUCAGCGGCAUUGAGGAGCGCAAGCGCGCGGCGCAGAGUCAGGGCAGGGCACCUCCGGAGUUCAAAGUCAGUGCCCAGUUCCUGGAGCUCUACAACGAGGAGAUCCUGGACCUGUUUGACAGUGCCCGUGACCCUGACAUGCGCCAUCGCAAAUCCAACAUCAAAAUCCAUGAGGAUGCCAGUGGAAGCAUCUACACCACAGGGGUUACGUCACGUCUCAUCAGCUCACAGGAUGAGCUGAUCCAAUGCCUAAAACAGGGAGCUCUUUCCCGCACCACUGCCAGCACCCAGAUGAAUGUGCAGAGCUCCCGGUCCCACGCCAUCUUCACCAUUCACCUCUGCCAGAUGAGAGUGUGCGCCCGCCCAGAGCUGGUGAAUGGGGAGGUGACCAGCCUCCUGGAUGGAUCCCAGCCCACCACGGAGUACGAGACCCUCACAGCCAAAUUUCACUUUGUGGACCUGGCUGGCUCGGAGAGACUGAAGCGGACGGGUGCUACUGGCGAGAGGGCCAAGGAAGGCAUCUCCAUCAACUGUGGGCUGCUGGCCCUGGGGAACGUCAUUAGUGCCCUCGGAGACCAGAGCAAGAAGGUUGUGCACGUACCCUACCGUGACUCCAAGCUCACCCGCCUGCUGCAGGAUUCCCUUGGGGGCAACAGCCAAACCAUCAUGAUCGCCUGCGUGAGCCCCUCUGACCGGGACUUCAUGGAGACCCUGAACACGCUCAAGUAUGCCAACCGGGCCCGCAACAUCAAGAACAAGGUGGUGGUAAACCAGGACAAGACAAGUCAGCAGAUCAGUGCCCUGAGGGCCGAGAUUGCCCGGCUGCAGAUGGAGCUGAUGGAGUACAAGGCAGGCAAGCGGGUCAUUGGGGAGGAUGGCUCAGAAGGCUACAGCGACCUGUUCCGCGAGAACGCCAUGCUGCAGAAGGAGAACAGCACCCUGCGCAUGCGCGUGAAGGCCAUGCAAGAGGCCAUUGAUGCCAUCAACAGCAGGGUCACCCACCUCAUGAGCCAAGAGGCCAACCUCAUGCUGGCCAGGGCAGGAGAUGGUAAUGAAGCUAUUGGCACCCUCAUCCAGAACUACAUCCGGGAGAUUGAAGAGCUGAGGACAAAGCUCCUGGAGAGUGAGUCCAUGAAUGAGUCCCUGCGUCGCAGCCUCUCGCGCACCUCUGCCCGGCCCCCUUAUUCCAUGGGCUCAUCCCCAGGCUCCAACUUGGCUGGGCUGUGCAGCCCCGCUGCACCAGUGGACACGGAAGCCUCCGAUGUCCUGCGACGGGCCAAGCAGGACCUGGAGCGCCUCAAGAAGAAGGAGAGGAGGCAGCGCAGGAAGAGCCCAGAGAAGGAAGCAUUUAAGAAGAGGCAGAAACUGCAGCAGGACAAUGAGGAGGAGACGGAUGAGAAUGAGGUGGAAGAGGAGGAAGAGGAGCAGGACGAGAGUGGCUGUGAGGAAGAGGAUGGACGUGAGGAUGAAGAUGAGGAUUCGGGCAGUGAAGAGAGCCUGGUGGACUCAGACUCAGAUGCAGAGGAGAAGGCUGUGAACUUCCAGGCCGACCUGGCAGAUCUGACUUGUGAGAUAGAGAUCAAGCAGAAGCUGAUCGAUGAGCUGGAGAACAGCCAGCGGCGCCUGCAGACCCUCAAGCACCAGUAUGAGGAGAAGCUGAUCCUGCUGCAGAACAAGAUUCGGGACACGCAGCUGGAGCGGGACCGGGUCCUGCAGAACCUCAGUACUAUGGAGUGCUACACAGAGGAGAAAGCCAACAAGAUCAAAGCAGACUACGAGAAGCGGCUGAAGGAGAUGAACCGGGACCUGCAGAAGCUCCAGGCAGCCCAGAAGGAGCACGCUCGCCUGCUCAAGAACCAGUCCCGCUACGAGCGGGAGCUGAGGAAGCUGCAGGCAGAGGUGGCCGAGAUGAAGAAGGCAAAGGUGGCACUGAUGAAGCAGAUGCGGGAGGAGCAGCAGCGGAGGCGGCUGGCGGAGACAAAGAGGAAUCGCGAGAUAGCGCAGCUCAAGAAGGAGCAGCGGCGGCAGGAGUUUCAGAUCCGGGCUCUGGAGUCUCAGAAGCGGCAGCAGGAAAUAGUGCUGCGGAGGAAAACUCAGGAGGUCUCGGCGCUGCGCCGCCUCGCUAAGCCCAUGUCGGACCGGGUGGCAGGCAGGACGAGCCAGAAGCCGGCGCCGGCGAUGCUGGACUCGGGUGCCGAGGUCUCGGCCAGCACCACGUCCUCCGAGCCCGAGUCCGGCGCUCGCUCUGUCUCCAGCAUCGUGCGCCAGUGGAACAGGAAAAUCAACAACUUCCUGGGAGACCCCUCAUCCCCCAUGAACGGGGCUCGGCCUGCCAGGAAGAAGUUCCCCAAGAAGGGGGCGAGCCAGACUUUCAGCAAAGCCGCCCGCCUCAAGUGGCAGUCACUGGAGCGGCGCAUCUUCGACAUCGUCAUGCAGAGAAUGACCAUUGUUAACCUGGAGGCUGACAUGGAGCGGCUCAUCAAGAAACGUGAGGAGCUGGCCCUGCUGCAGGAAGCGUUGCUGGGCAAGAGGUCAAAACUGCAGGCAGAGAACCCCAAGGGGCUGCAGGAGCUGAACGAGGAGAUCGAGGUUCUGGGGGCCAACAUUGACUACAUCAACGAUAGCAUUUCUGACUGCCAGGCCACCAUCAUGCAGAUCGAGGAGACCAAGGAGGAGCUGGACUCCACAGACACCUCGGUGGUGAUCAGCUCGUGCUCCCUGGCCGAAGCUCGGCUUCUGCUGGACAACUUCCUGAAGGCCUCCAUAGACAAGGGGCUGCAGGUAGCACAGAAGGAGGCCCAGAUCCGCCUGCUGGAGGGGCGCCUGCGGCAGACUGACAUGACAAGCUCCUCGCAGAACCACGCCAUCCUGGAUGCGCUGCGGGAGAAAGCGGAGUCGCACCCCGAGCUGCAAGCCCUGAUCCACAAUGUCCAGCAAGAGAAUGGCUACACCAGCACGGAUGAGGAGGUCUCGGAGUUCAGUCUGGCUUCAGAUGGGAGCAUCUCCCAGUCUUUCACCAUGAAGGGCUCAGCAAGCCAGGAUGACUUCAAGUUCAAGGGAGAGCCCAAGCUCUCAGGGCAGAUGAAAGCAGUGUCAGCUGAGUGUCUAGGACCCACACUGGAUGUCUCCACCAAGAACAUCACCAAGUCCUUGGCAUCCCUCAUGGAGAUCAAAGAGGAUGGGAUCAGCUUCUCCGUCAGAGACCCCUAUUACAAGGAGAAAGUGUCACGCACCAUCAGCCUGCCCACUCGAGGAAGCACCUUUCCCAGGCAGUCUCGUGGCUCGGACACUUCACCUCUGACCAGGAGGAAAUCCUAUGACCGUGGCCAACCUGCCAGGCCUCCAGACGUUGGCUUCACGCCUCCCUCAUCCCCACCCACCCGUCCACGCAACGACCGCAAUGUCUUCUCUCGUCUCACGAGCAACCAGAGCCAAGGAUCUGCCUUGGACAAGUCUGAUGACAGCGAUUCCUCUGUCUCGGAGGUGCUGAGGGGUGUCAUUAACCCGGUGGGUGGCACCAAGAAUGCCCGGACAGCCCCUCUGCAAUGCGUCUCCAUGGCAGAAGGACACACCAAGCCUGUGCUCUGCCUGGAUGCCACCGAUGAGCUGCUAUUCACUGGGUCCAAAGAUCGAAGCUGCAAAAUGUGGAACCUGGUAACGGGCCAAGAAAUUGCUUCCCUCAAGGGUCACCCAAACAACGUGGUUUCCAUCAAGUACUGCAGCCACACAGGGCUGGUGUUCACUGUGUCUACAUCAUACAUCAAAGUGUGGGACAUCCGGGACUCAGCCCGCUGCAUCCGCACCCUCACAUCUUCUGGACAGGUGAUCUCUGGGGAUGCCUGUGCUGGGACCAGCACCCGCACGGUCACCAGUGUGCAGGGGGAGCACCAGAUCAACCAGAUUGCUCUGAACCCCACUGGCACCAUGCUCUAUGCUGCCACUGGGAACUCUGUCCGCAUCUGGGAGCUGAGCAGGUUGCAGCCCAUCGGGAAGCUGAGCGGCCACAUUGGGCCUGUGAUGUGUCUCACGGUAAACCAGACGGCGAGCAACCACGACCUGGUGGUCACAGGCUCCAAAGAUCACUAUGUCAAGGUAUUUGAGAUUGCUGAGGGCAUGGCGGGCAAUAUUGGUCCCACUCACAACUUUGAGCCCCCUCACUAUGAUGGCAUCGAGUGCCUGGCCAUCCAGGGAGACAUCCUCUUCAGCGGCUCCAGGGACAAUGGCAUAAAGAAGUGGGAUCUGGAGCAGCAGGAACUUAUCCAGCAAAUCCCCAAUGCCCACAAAGACUGGGUGUGUGCCCUGGCCUUCAUCCCUGGGCGCCCCAUGGUGCUGAGCGCUUGCCGAGGAGGCAUGAUCAAAGUGUGGAACGUGGACACCUUCACCCCAGUUGGGGAGAUCAAGGGGCACGACAGCCCCAUCAAUGCCAUCUGCACCAACUCAAAGCACAUCUUCACUGCUUCCAGUGACUUGACAGUGAAGCUCUGGAGCGGGAGGAGGUUACCCGCAGGGUCCAACUAG